UUCUGGGCGUGCAGUCCAAUGAGCCCCGUAGCAACCUGCUCAGCCCAUCUCAGGUGGUGGUGGAGGUGGUGCCCAGGCUCCUCCUGGCCCUGUGGCUUCAACCAGAGGAAGGCCAUUCAGAGCACCCAAUCCUAAUAAGCGGGAUGGCCGUGGGCAUGGUGGCGGCCGUAGUGGAGAAGCUCUCCUGCAUGUUAAAGGACCCUUCCCCUCACAUCCCUUUCUCUCGGGCUGCUGCUUUUGACUCUGUGCGGUCGAUCCUCGGGAGAAUCAGUCAGUCCUUCUCCACCGAUGACCUCCAGAGCCCUUUUUAUAUGAGCUCUGUCUGUGCCUUUGUGGCGAACGAGGUUCAGAGCCGCUUCCAGCCCCCUGCAUCCACCCUACCAGUCCCCCCUGUCCUCCCGGUGGCCGUCUCCACUACACGACCAGCUGACAUCCAAGCAGACCCAGCGUCUUCCCACCUGAAUGUUGUGGACAUCACCACUAACACAGAGGCAGAUCCGGCUUCUUUCCACCUGGAGAUUGUGAAAGUCACCCCUAACACAGAGGCAGACCCGGCUUGUUCCCACCUGGAGGUUGUGGACAUCACCCCAAAAACAGACGCAGACCCGGCUUGUUCCCACCUGGAGGUUGUGGACAUCACCCCAAAAACAGACGCAGACCCGGCUUGUUCCCACCUGGAGGUUCAAGACAUCACCCCAAAACUAGAGGUAGACCCGGCUUCUUCCCACCUGGAAGUUCAAGACAUCACCCCAAAAACAGAGGCAGACCCGGGUUGUUCCCACCUGGAAGUUCAAGACAUCACCCCAAAAACAGAGGCAGACCCGGCAUCUUCCCACCUGGAGGUUGUGAACAUCACCCCUAACACAGAGGAAGACCCGGCUUAUCUCCACCUGAAUGUUGUGGACAUAACCCUUAAUACAGAGGCAGAUCCGGCUUCUCUCCACCUGAAUGUUGUGGACAUAACCCUUAAUACAGAGGCAGAUCCGGCUUCUUCCCACCUGAAUGUUGUGGACAUCACCCCUAAUACAGAGGCAGAUCCGGGUUCUUCCCACCUGGAGGUUCAAGACAUCACCCCAAAAACAGAGGCAGGCCCGGCUUCUUCCCACCUGAAUGUUGUGGACAUAACCCCUAACACAGAGGCAGAGCCGGCUUCUUUCCACCUAAAUAUUGUGGACAUCCCCACUAAUACAGAGGCAGAGCCCAUCUCUUCCCUCUUGGAGGUUGUGGACGUCACACCUGAAGAAAGGACUCUCACGAUGGCCGUCUUCACCACUCUGCCAGCUGACAUCCAAGCAGAGGAUGUUGCUGUGGUCAUCCCGGAUGUCACCCCACACGUAACCAAGGACGUGACACUGGAUGUUCCAUGUAGAGCUAGGAAAGGGGCAGUCCGGCGAUUAUUUUGCAGGCUUUGGAGGGCAGUGUGCUGCUGCGCCUGCUACAAGGAAGAGGAGGAACAAUAUUAAUUAUUCAUCAGACAUUCAGAAAUGGGAUUGAACCAUAGACCAUUAAAUUAUUCGCAUUAUAAUUGGACUCAAUUCUGCUUUUCUUCUGUUUACUACUUAAUUUCAGAACUUUUCUAUAAACUUUCACUUUGCAAGUGUGGAGUAGGUUGUGUAAAUAAGUGGGAAACAUCCCAAUUUUAAUGCUUUUAAUAAUUUACUUUGUACAUUAAAAAAAAAAAUUGACAACAAAAAAACGCAGGGCGCUCAACCAACGUUGAGUUUCGGUGCAACCAAAAAUUUGAAUCAUCAUUGAAAAGGAAAAAGCACUACUCUUGCUCACUAUAAAAAAAUGCAUUGUUUUAUUCAGGCAAGGUUAAAAGAUUAACGUUUCGGCCUAGUCUAUGACGAUAUCGAAGUUGUGUUUGCCCAGUAAAAGGGUUACCCAGACUCACCCUGGUUCUUGAGGUUGAAGACAGUGAAAAAUGAUCAUUAAGUAAAUGGGACUUUUUAAUUCUUGAAUAAAAAUCUUUAAUGAACAUGAAUUUAAAUACAAUUGACUUGAGGUUCAGAGCAGGCAGGCUGACUGGCUAGCCCUGAAGGCCCUCUGCCUCUACCUCUGUGUGGUUCAUCUCAACCAAGAGGUUGUGUGGGUUGUCUUUCUCUCUGGGGGUGUGAAUCACUAUGACCUCUCCAUCUGCCUGCCAUUUGGCUGAUCAGAAGCCUUCUGCUCUUUCUUGCUCACAUGAACAGGAGGAAUGGCCUCUGGGGUAACCUCCUCCUCUAUCUAACGCCUCUUCCACCUCCUCUUUCUGACUGUGUUCAACUGAGGUCACUCGUUCUCUCUCUCUGGGUGUUGGAUAGUUCCUCCUCCUCUGUGUCUUUGUGAACGGAACGGCGUCAGACUGAUAGAAACUUCACUGUGAAGGAGUGCCAGCCAGUCCUCAGAGAGAGCCCGGAGAGGACAGGGGUAAAUAUGAAAACAGCUGAGGGCUCAGAGACUCAAUCAUCUCAUGAUGAAGUGGACACUGAUGACCUUGACCUUGCCCCGCCGUUCACACCGGCAGAGGAGGCCCAGAGACAUUCUAACCUAUAACACUUUAGGGCUGCCAAGCUCUUAUCAGGAUACCAACUAGAGAUGUUCUGAUGUGUAUAUAUUUUCUUGUUUACCUUUACUAAUCACAGUGUGAUAAUGUUUAGUGGGGGUUGCGUUUUCGCCCAUAAGGCAGACUGGACAUGUCUAGAUAGUUAUAUGGCUGUUAGGCCAGUUUCUCCGUUGUUCUCAUGACCAGUACUUACAUCUUCUGUUUGUUUUGAGGCCAGUGAAAUGUUUGGGACAACAUUUCGUUUUUGCAGGGGGGUGUUGUAAGGGGCUUAAUACACUUGUAUUCCAGCCACUAGGGGGUACUCUGGUGAAGCCCAUGGGAAAUAAAGAAAUAUAGUUUAAGUGAAUUGGGAAGAGUAAGAAUGAUAAACUAAAGAAAGACUGUAAACGGCUGUUACCUGAUUAAAAGUGAAGUAAACCGUGUUGAAAGUUAAUAUGAUAAGCUCAUUGGAAGGCUAACAUUAACAGAUACAUGUCCUGCCUUUCCAACUGAUGUAAAGUUCCAACACAAAUUUUCAUUUGAAAAAGCAAUAGACUUUCACAUUGUAGGCCUGUUGUUUAAACAAUGUAAUCAUAAUAUAUGCCAUUUAGCAGAUCUUUUCAUCCAAAGCGACUUACAGUCAUUUGCACAUACAUUCUACGUAUGGGUUGCCUCGGGAAUCGAACCCACAACCCUGGUGGUGGGAUCGGCAUGCUCUACACAGGAUCAUCAUUUAUAAUGUAACAUGUGUUAAUGAAUGACAUUGAUAAUAAAAGUCUAUAGCAGUGUAAUACGUGUUUAUAACAAUGUACAGCAGCACAUCUACCAACACACCAAUGCGUUUCAAGAGCCUAAACUAUUUUGUUUCAGAAUCCUCAGACCCUGACAGGGAGUAGCAUAGGGGAUAGUGCCAUCUAGUGGAAUGG